GGUACUUGCAGGCAGCGCGAAUCGUGUGAGAGGCCAAUCAUGAGCUACGGUGCUGCACUAAUGGCUGUCGCACCAACGUGGCCACUGCAGCAAAGAUGCCUCAGUACCCUGUUAGUGAUAAGUUUGCUCGUCGCCGUAAGUCCUAUCUCAUGCACUUCGGUGGAGGAGACGGAAACUCCACCACUAAAAGCUACAAGGCUCUGCCUCUCGAACCAAAGUUCAGCACUCCUUCGAUUCAAGCACAGCAUUCACAGUUUUCUCCAACCUGGAAAGCUCACUUCAUGGCGACGCAAUGGAUCUGACUGCUGCAAUUGGGAAGGCGUGACGUGUGGCAGCCUCACCGGCUUUAUCAUCGCACUGAAGAUACCUAGUGUGAUAGAUGGUUAUUCCGGCAACAUCGCCUCUUCCUUGUUUGAGCUUAAGCAUCUUCAGCAUCUAGAUCUCAGCUGGAAUAGUUUCACAGGUACCAUCCCCAAAAGACUGGUAGAACUCGCCCACCUCACCCACCUCGACCUGUCCUGGUGUUCCUUCUCUGGUCAGGUCCCAGUAGAGCUAUCUCAAAUGACACGCUUGAUCUCUCUUAAUCUCUCUGGUAAUCAUGCCCUGCAACUGCAGAAGCCUAAUUUCACAGCGCUUGUCAGGGGGUUAGCUCAAUUGCAACACCUUCAACUCAAUGAAGUCAGAAUCUCCAUGCGUGGCAGAGAUGUAAGCUCGGCCCUGUCUUCAUCGUCUCUCCAAAAACUUCAGACACUCUCCUUGUCUUACUGUAAUAUUUCCAGCCCAUUGGACGACAAACUAGAUCUCCAUCUGCAAUCACUGUUACACUUGAAUUUGGGUGGCAACAACCUGCAACGUGUACCAAAGUUCUUGGAGAAUCUCACCUCCUUAAAUGAUCUGGACUUGUCUGAUUGUGGGCUACAAGGGAAGUUUCCUGAGAGCAUUUUUCUGCUGCCUAAAUUGGAAACCAUGGAUUUAUCAUACAAUGAAGAAUUGGUUGUGUCCUUGCCAACCAAAAACCUAACAAGGAGUGCCAAUAUUCGAUACUUGAUCCUUUCUUCAAUCAAAAAGUUGUUUGAUGACCUUAUGAUGCCAUCACCACCACAACCACGGCUGGACAUAGAAUCAAAUGGAGCCAAACAAAGUGUCUUGUCAUUCUGCAGCUCAAAUGGAAUCUCCUUGAGGAAUUUGUCAAGCAACACUCCACCGGGCACUCUCCCGCAUGAAUUGUUUCCAGGACUCAAGGCAAUAGUGAGUAAAAAUUCAGAGGCUGAGGAUUCACUGAUCAUAGGAAAUUUUGAAGAUUCUAUUGGAUCAAUUGAAGUGGAAGAAACAAUUGAAGGGAAAGUUCAUUUGAUUAAAGAAAUCAGACGGGCCAUGAACUUCAUCGACCUAUCCCACAACAUGUUUAUUGGAAAAAUCCCCAAAGAGUUAGGGAUGUUGAAGAAUUUACGUGGAUUGAAUGUUUCUAACAACCAUUUAGACGGUCCCAUCCCAAAGUCAUUGGGCAAUUUGCUGCAAAUGGAGCAGUUGGACCUCUCUCAGAACCAUCUAUCAGGAGUUAUACCAGUGGAACUUGUGUCUCUCACGUUUCUUUCCGUCCUGAACUUACCCUAUAAUGAUUUGGAAGGAAUCAUACCUGAAGGAAACCAGUUCAAUACUUUUGAUUCUUCUUGCUUUGAAGGAAACCCCAAGCACAAGUGCACAGGACAUGCUUUGAUGGAGAGGGGCAAAAUGCUCAUACGUUGGAUAUUGUUGAUGAAGGCAACCAGGGAGAGGAUGGAUGGAAGUAUGGAUCGGUGGGGAUCGGCUUUGGAAUGGGCUUGAUGACCAUGACUCUGCCUCUCUUGUUUGCCAACAAUGCAGCAGAUUGGUAUUGGGAUCGAACUGAUGGAAUGGUGGAUGUCAUCGUGCUGCAAAUUUAUGCUUUUGUGAAUUCUGGGAGGCCAUCGCAAGUAAGGCGCAUUUCCUAAUAUUCUCUCCUGAUUCAGCUAAGUACUUAAUGUAUUAAAAAUUAGUGAUGGUACGCACAAAGGAAAUUAUUGAAUUUCUAUUCUUAAGAUGA